AUGCCGCCCACACCGAGCAAGUUGAACUUGAGCUUCGCGAGAAACGCGUACAGCGUGUUUGGGGCACGCGGUACUAACGCGACCGCUGAUCACCAGCGCGAGCAGAAAACGGAACUCUUGGAGGGUACCAGGAGCAACGGAAUCCACCACCUGAAAAAUGGUAUCGAUUACAUCAACCCUGGUGAGGAGGACCAAAUGGAAAUUUAUGGCUACAAAAGAAACAAACUCCUAACUGCUGUCACUUGGUUCCUAAUCAUCGUCACCGGAGGCCUGCUUAGAUUGGUCUUCCAUUGGGUCCCGCGGCUGAUGCUGCAGGCGACUCAUUCAAGAUGUCAAUUAAGUUCCGCGGACACCGUUUUGCUGGUGGAAAAGUUUCAAGGAAAACACACGAGCUAUCACGUAAAAAGAGUGGAAACAAUGGCUGCGCAAGACGUACUGUUAGUAUCUCAUUUUACAAAUCUACUUAAUUCAUCACGAAUCAAAUUAACUUCGUGUUCUCGUAUAAGUAAUUAUCCCUUUGACGGAGAAUCGUUGAUGGACAAUGAACCGUGGGUGGAGAAUGGUAGCAUGAUAACCAUCAAGGAAGUAAAGGAAGAGUAUCAUCCAACCUUGUCUUUGCAUUUAGUCGGUGGUCAAUUUAAACAGGUUCCGUCGAUCAUUCUAUUCCACUGCAAGAAAUUGACAUACAUCUGGGAUCCCGAGAGAUCCGAGUUCCUCAAACUUCGAGGCUUGGACGUUGGCGUAUUCACCUCCACGCUGCACCAGAUGCAGGGAUUGAAUUCUUACGAACAACACAUGAGGCGCAGCGUUUAUGGAAACAACGAAAUAGUGAUACCAGUAAAGAGUAUCGUGACGUUAUUAUGCCUCGAGGUACUCAAUCCAUUCUACGUCUUCCAACUGUUCAGUUUUUGCCUCUGGGUCGCCGACAACUACUACUACUACGCCAUGAUCAUUUUAGCCAUGUCCAGCGCCGGCAUAAUUAUGGCAGUCUUCCAGAAUCGCAAGAAUCAACACAACUUGCGAUCGACUGUACAUUCUUCCGACGUCGCGACUGUGAUAAGGGACCGCGCGACUGGACAGACGGCGACUGUCCCCGCUGAAAAAUUGGUGCCCGGCGACAUCAUCGUUAUUCCAUCCCAUGGUUGCCUGAUGGCCUGCGACGCUGUGCUUCUCACGGGUAACUGCAUUUUGAACGAGUCCAUGCUCACUGGAGAGUCGGUUCCAGUUACGAAAACCCCGAUUCCGUCGUCGAAUGAAAUUGUGUACGACACGAAGGAGCACGCGAGGCAUACUCUCUUCUGUGGCACCAGGGUCAUACAAACCAGAUAUUACGGAUCAGAAAAGGUUUUGGCAGUUGUAGUGAGGACAGGAUUCAACACCAGCAAGGGCGGCUUGGUCCGCUCGAUCAUGUACCCUCCACCGGUGGAUUUCAAGUUCGAGCAAGAUUCGUACAAGUUCGUGAUCCUGCUAGCCUGCAUCGCGAGCAUCGGCGUGGUCUACACGAUCGUGACGAAAGCGAUGAGAGGCGUGCCGAGCGGUUACAUCGCAUUGGAAGCGCUGGAUCUGAUAACAAUCGUGGUCCCUCCAGCCCUGCCGGCGGCGAUGACCGUUGGUCGUAUGGUGGCCCAGCGGCGGUUGGAGAAGAACAAGAUCUACUGCACCAGUCCGAGGACCAUAAACGUCUCGGGUUCGAUCGACUGUAUCUGCUUCGAUAAAACCGGCACGCUAACCGAGGACGGACUCGACAUGUGGGGCGUGGUGCCCGCCGUCGAGCGAAAGUUUCAGCCGGCCGUGAAAGAAAUUACCUCCCUGCCACUGAACGACCUCCUAAUCGGAAUGGUGACGUGUCACGGAAUCACUUUAAUCGAGAAUCAGCCGGUCGGGGACCCGCUUGAUCUGAAAAUGUUCGAGUCUACAGGUUGGACCCUGGAGGAACCGGACGUGUCCGACACGUCCAAGUUCUCGAUGCUGUUCCCGACGAUUGUCAGGCCACCGAAGGGCUCCAAGCUGCCGAGAAAGUUGGCCAACGACGCGAAGGUCUCCUCCCUCAGCCGACAGAAUUCCAUGUCUUCCGACGUGAUGGAGAACGUGUCGUUGAACAAUGUCGAUCCCGCGUUGGCCGGCUCCACAACAGAAUUGGCCGAGCAGGGGUUGGAAGUAGGGAUCGUCAGGCAGUUCCCGUUCACCUCCACUCUCCAAAGAAUGAGCGUGAUCACCAGAACCCUCGGUGCGAAUCAUUACGAUCUCUACUGCAAAGGGAGUCCCGAAAUGAUCCUCAGCUUAUGCAGAAUGGAAUCAAUUCCAUCGGAUUUUGGUUCCGUGCUGCAAGACUACACCUCGGAAGGGUACCGUGUGAUCGGGUUGGCGCACAAAACGUUGAACCGUCUUCCGUACGCAAAGGUUCAGAGGCUGAGCCGCGAGGCUGCAGAGUCCGAUUUAACUUUCCUGGCGUUCGUGAUCAUGGAGAAUCGAUUGAAGCCGGAGACGAUGCCUGUAAUCGGCGACCUGAACGCAGCGUGCAUAAAAAUAGUGAUGGUCACCGGAGACAACAUGCUGACAGCGUUGUCGGUCGCCAGGGACUGCGACCUUGUGAAACCGGGCCUGCCUGUGAUCGCAGUCUCUGCUACUCAGCUGCAGAAUCAGAUGAAGCCGCAGAUCUAUUUCACGAAGAGCAGCAGCCAGCCGUCGAUGGGGCAGCCUGAUCUCAGCGAGAUGACUGAUCUAAAUAGCGUGGCUAGUUUGGACACGGUCGAGAGUGGAUCCUUUGGGAACAAUCAGUACGAGAACGAUGUCAAUUAUUUAUCCGACGAUUUACAGCAUUCGAAAAACAAAUACGUGUUCGCACUGACGGGGAAGACAUGGGCGUUGGUCAGACAAUAUUACCCGGAAUUGAUCCCGAAGCUUGUCACUCGCGGAGCAAUUUUUGCUCGGAUGUCGCCCGACCAGAAGCAACAGCUCGUCCAGGAAUUGCAAUCGUUAGGAUUCUAUGUUGGAAUGGUAGGCGACGGCGCGAACGACUGCGGGGCGUUGAAAGCUGCGCACACAGGAAUUUCCCUAUCAGACACUGAAUCGUCCGUGGCAUCUCCGUUCACCAGUCGCGAGACGAACAUCUCCUGCGUGCUGACAGUGAUCCGCGAGGGUCGCGCAGCCCUGGUCACGUCUUUCGGUAUCUUCAAAUACAUGGCCGCCUACUCCCUCACCCAAUUCAUCUCGGUGAUACUGUUAUACGGGAUCGAGUCGAAUCUAACGGACAUCGAGUAUCUGUACAUCGACCUCUUCAUCAUCUCGAUCUUCGCCUUCUUCUUCGGCCGGACCGAGGCUUACGACGGUCCGUUAGCCAAAACGACACCGUUGAACAGUCUGAUCAGCACAACGCCUAUUCUGAGCCUCGUGACGCAGAUCAUGACAGUGGCCUUCUUCCAAUCAGCCAGCUUGUGGCACCUUCAAGAGAUGGAUUGGUACGUGCCGUUCAACGCGACGAUCGUCGCUGCCGAGGACAAGGACGACGUUUCCUGCACGGAGAACUACACAGUCUUCAUCAUCAGCUCCAUACAGUACAUAAUCCUCGCCGUGACCUUCUCCAAAGGUCAUCCGUACAGGAAGUCAUUGUUCACGAACUACGGUCUCCUCACAUCGUUCAUUCUGCUGUCGUUGUUCUCCAUUUAUCUCGCUACCUUCCCGUUCGACUGGCUGGUCGAAUGGUUCGAGCUGCAGAUACCGGAGAACGUCGGAUUCCGGUUCAUUCUGAUCGGCUACGGCGCCGCGAACUUCGUCAUCUCAUUGCUCAUGGAGAACCUCUUCAUCGACUACCUUGUGUUCAGGAAGCUACGCUACCGUUGGCACAACGUCGACAAGUCGCGCAGGAAGUUCCUCGCGAUCGAACGCGAUUUAUCUAGCGAUCCGAAGUGGCCGCCGAUCUCGCAGGAACCGUUACCGGAGGCCGCCCCAGACAUUCUGAUCCGGCAGAACGUCACCGAGAUUAAAAUAGAGAAACGCGUUCCGGAGCCGUGUCAUUCGGCCGAUACAAGUUUCAUGAACAGCCCCGUAUGCGGGAACUUCAAGCACUUCGGGUCGGCAAAGGAAGUCACUCUGAACCCCAGGUCGUUGUUCAACAAUCGCAGGAACACGGUUUCGAUGCAGACGGUACCUUGCUUCGAGGACAGGGACUCGGCGGCCACCGUCAGACAGCAAGCGAACCUCGAACUAACCGCGAAACGGCGAUACAAUUCGGAGUCCGAGAAAUGCUUCAACAAGUCCGACAAAUCUUUCAAGAGUCACAGCACCAAUCCCAUCGCGACCCUGCCGAGGAACACCGGCGCCGCGCUCCAACCGCAGAAACUGAAGGACCUGAAGAACGUACUGAUGCACAAAAGCGAGGACGGUCUGUCUCCCAGCACACAAAGUGUCCUUGAACUCGACGUUCUACCGUCGUAGAUAGGCUAGACGACGCGUAGAUUCAUCGCCGGAAUUGAUACUUAGAACGGAAGGGUAAACGCUUUGAUUAAGGGACAGCAGCCGGGUUAAUUACUGUUUUGGUAUUCGACCGUUCAUUGCACGAUCUCUAUCCGGUUGCCGUGUCUCCAGCUGCCAGUAAAUCGCGAAAAGUAUCGUAACGGAGAUAUCGAAGCCUGGAAUUAACAGUGGCGGUUCGUUGAGCCCAGUAAUCGUUCAUUCUACUUUUUUUUUUCCUAUAGUUGUACAUUUUAAUACUGGAGAUUCUAAUCGAAUCCAAUCCGCCUCUGAGUUCUCUUUUUACCGGAGAACGUAGCAGAUUCUUGGCACGAUCUCUAUCUAAUUAUUCUGCUCUCCUUAGCUAAAUGUUUUUAAGUACUUGGUAUCCUAUACAGAAUCGUAGAAUUAAUUUUAAAAUAAUCGAGGCGAUCAGAUCCAUGAUGAUGAUGAUGAUGAUGAAGGAUUUAUUUUAUUCGUUGUUUGAUUUCGAUUUAAUUAAGCUAGGGAGAGCGCUAUUAUUCACAGAGUGCAUUUAGAAUGUCGCGGCGUUCACGACAGCUCGUUAAUUACGCGAAACGAUGCCCGGGGAAGCAUCGUAACUUGCAACUGUAAUAACGGAACGGGUCCCUUUUGACCCGGUAUUUCUUCGUCCUUCUCCCUUUUACUAGUAUUCGAUCGUACCACACUCUCUCUCGAGAAAGUAUUAUUGUUACAUUAGUUUAUUUAUCACAGAUGAUGGAUUUUAACACGUCUGCCUCUGGUAAAGAACCUUGACGCAGGCGAAUCGAAGUAUAUAGGUAGAGGCAUAUUCUAUACAUAUGUAUAUUAUUAUUAAUAUUAUUAUUUUAUUUUGUUGUUUUUCCUUCGUUCAUUCACUGCGAGCUCGUAGAUGUGCUACUCAAAGCGAAAACGGGACAGGAGUACGAAUGCAGAGUGUACUUUAUAAAUUAGGGAUCAUAGAGAAUUUGAUGAGUUCCGGUCUUCGAUUAUUUAUCUAGUCCAGUUUCGUUCACAUUGAACCGGAAACGCUCGUUGACGAGCGUCGAUGGGUAUAAUUCCGCCGCGAGAAAUGGGAUAUAUUAUUGUAGAUCGCGUUUUCUGUUUCUGGUGUGAAGAAGAGGACAUGUAACUAGUUCAACCUAAUGAUACUUAAAAGCAUCGAGCCCUCGAGAUAUGCUCGACGCUCGCCGGAUACUUAAUUGUUAUCAGAUAUUAAUAAGAUGAAAAAAAUGAAUGUGUACUUAUUAUAUUACGCAAUGAGGAAAAACACAUUACUUAAGCGCGUUGUUCUACUAUUCGUGACGCUAAGCUUGCGUUGAAUUAUAGCGGUUGUCGAAUAACAAAGUAUGUUUUUAAUGUAAA